AACAACAAGUGGGGACCACUGCUCAAAAAGUGGCACCACGACCAGUCCUCCACCAUACCGCCUUGCUAAUGAGCACCAAGACGCCUGCCAGCGCCCAGGGGCGUAGACGGUGAUGUUGAAAGGGGUCGACGCCCCCGUCAGGCGGUCCUCGAUCGGCAGCCCGAUGGCCAGGCCGCCGGGCACGAGCACAAAGGCGCAGCACGUCUUUGGGGAGUCGCUGCUUCCGCGCGUCCUCGAAGCUGUUGGUGUGAAGGCGCACGAAGACUCUGAAAGCGCGCCCUACGGCAGUGGCGGCUGCAUCCGCAUCGAGCGCGAGCACUUUAAGCGCGUCUCCAAAGUGUCCAACGAGUUCAACCACUACAUCUGGAGCAUUAAGGAACAAACCAACGCUUACAAGGCCGAGCGCAUAAGCUUCCGCUUCGACGGCUACCGGCCCGACGAGAGGAUCUACCUGAAGCAGAACGUAGCGCAUCAUCCCCAGGCGCCCGGCGGCCAGGGUGGAGGAGAUAUGGGUGUGAGGUUUGCGGAGAAGCUGACCAACAUGGGGAACGGCGGCGGCGGCGGCGGCGGGUCGCUGCUCGGCAAGAGCCCCUUCCAGGGGCUCGCGCACCCUCAGGGUUUCUCGAACCAACAAGUGAUGCCUCACAACCUCGCGAACUAG